AUGCCUCGCCAGCAAAUAAAAAAGCAAGAAGUAGAUGAGGUUGCAAUGCAAGCAGCCAUUGACGAUAUUAAAAGUGGUAAAAUAUCUUCUUUUCGAAAGGCAUCCCAAAAGUAUGGUCUUUGUGCGACAACAUUAAGGAAUCGAAUGAAUGGAGUUCCAUCAAGGAGCAUUGCCCAUGCAAAUGAACAACUCUUCAGUCCAUUACAAGAAGAUUCAAUUGCUCAAUGGAUUCUUGAUUCUGAACGUGAAGGAACCCCGAGAACUCGUAAAGAUGUGAUUGAAUUUGCUGGAUUAAUAGCUGCGCAAGAAGAUAAGCCAACAAUACAUGUCAGUGAUAAUUGGUUUGAAAGGUUUAAAAAGAGACAUCCGGAAAUUCAUACAGUCGAUAAAAAAUUAGUAUCGAGUCAGACUAUGAAAUCAACUAGUCGUAAACAAGCAGAGAAAUUUUUCAAGAAUUUCAAGCAGUUGAUAAAUGAAAACAAUAUUAAUCAUGAUAAUGUGUUUCGAGUUGAUUCCACAACCUAUAUUAUGGGUAAAGGUAAUAGUUCAGAAAUGGUUAUACCUGGUGAUGACAACAAGGUCUAUGUUCAAUCAUUUGAAGGUUAUGAUAGUUGUACAGUGAUUGAAGCCGUUAGUAUGACAGGUAAUAUUUCGCCCAUAGGGAUUGUUUUCAGUGGAGCGGAUUUAAGAACAAAAUGGAUUAAUGAUGGUUCGCCACAUUGGUAUUAUACUGCAACUACUAGUGGAUCUGUAUCUUGUCAAAUUAUGUACAGUUGGUUGAAUGAAGUUUUCACUCCAUAUCUAGAGCAAAAGAAAUCUGAAGACGAGAAAUGUUUACUUAUUAUGGACAAAGAUUAUGGUACUACUAAUACAAGAUUUCAGAAUUCUUGUGAACUGAGUGGUGUUGUUCCCUUAUAUUUACCCCCUUGUUGUCCUCACUUAUUGUCCCCAGUUGAUAUUCAAACGCUUCCGAGAAUAGUAUCACCAGAGUAUAAAUCAAAAUUACAAGAAUUGGAUAAAAAAUUUGGAUUUGCACCAGUUAAACAGAGAUUUUUCUUAUCAGGAUAUUUCAAAGCAAGACAACAAUUGAAUAUGACUCCAGAAGAAAUUGUUGAUCGUUGGGCUUUUACCGGGAUGUAUCCGAAUAAUAUCCGUAAAGUUGUUAGUUUAUCACAGGAUGUGGUUGCAAAACUCAAGAAUGGAGCUGAAAAAACAAGAAAAGGGGAAAGAAGAAGAGCUGAUGCCAAUAAGUCUGAAGAGAAUGAGACCUUGUCAACUAAUGACAGUGAUGACGAUGAGGUUAUAAGUGCAGAAAUGACCAAAUCUGAAAUUAUUGAAAGAUCACAAAGGAACCUAGAGAGACGAAAAAAGCAAAUAGAUAGAUUGUUAGUGCAGGUUGCAGAAUUGGAGUUUGAAAAGAAUCGUUUAAGGCUGGAAGUUCUAUUACAACAGCAACUACAACAGGGGAAUCUUACUGAAGCAGAAGUAGCCAAAUAUUUGGAAGAUGAAGACUUUUUGGAGAAGUAUGCCCUAGGUGAAUUAUUUGUUGAAAAGAGAAACAAUUUACAAGACAAUAACGAGAAUCAUCAACAACAACUGGAGGGCGUGUUGAGUGAUGUUACUAAUAUUACACGUAAGAGGAAACAUUCUAAAAUCGAUGAUAGUUGA